CCCAAGAAACCUCCGCCUCUCCCACCACCGGCCGGCCGCCAUGGACCCCUUCUUCGCCGACGACGGCGCCGACGAGCUCCCGCGCACCGCCUCCCACCCCUUCGACGACGACGACAUCACCACCGAGCCCGCCACCGACGGCGGCGCGGGGUACGCCUCCUUCGCGGACGCGGGCUACUCCUCCUUCACCGACGCCGGCGGCGCCGAGGAGGACGCGGACGUGGACGAGGAGAUCGCCGUCGACUCCGACGGCGGCGCCGUCCCGGUCCGCCACGUCUCCGGAGGGUACUCCCCCUCGCCCUUCUUCCCCGAGUCCGACUUCGGGGGCGACGACGACGGCGGCCCCGUCCUUCCCCCGCCCGCCGAGAUGGGGAGGGAGGAGGGCGCCCUCCUCCGCGAGUGGCGCAGGCAAAAUGCUUUAGUUCUCGAGGAAAAAGAACGGAAGGAGAAGGAGCUACGGGCCCAAAUAAUUGCUGAAGCUGAAGAGUUCAAGAUAGCUUUCUACGAGAAGAGGCUACAGACCUGUGAGACAAAUAAGGUCCAUAGCAGGGAAAGAGAGAAGAUUUUCGUGGAGAGCCAGGAGAAGUUCCAUGCUAGCGCAGACAAGCAGUACUGGAAAUCGAUCUCGGAGCUCAUACCACAUGAGAUAGCUACCAUCGAGAAACGGGGCAAGAAAGACAAGGACAAGAAGCCAUCCAUCGCGGUCAUUCAAGGCCCCAAGCCUGGCAAGCCCACCGACCUGUCCCGGAUGCGCCAGGUCCUAUUGAAGCUGAAGCAUGCUCCGCCGCCGCACAUGAUGCAGCCUCCGCCAGCGCCUGCUGCUAAAGAAGGCGCUAAGGAUGCGGCGAAAGAUGGCGUGGCAGCCCCAGCUAAUGGGACCAAGCAGCCCGCAGAGAGCGAGAAGGCACCCGCCAAUGGCCUCCCAGAGGCGGAGAAGGCGCAGCCUGCCGCGUCGGAGUAGCCUGAAGUUUAGCUUCUCUUUACAGGAAUACCAGAACCUUGACUAUGCUUAGAUGGAACCGACUUUUAUUUUCAAUACCGAGAGUGUCGUCUAUCCUGUAGUGAUCUUUUUGUAGAGAUCCAGAUCGGGAUGGCUAUGUAUCAAUCAGCUCUGAACAUUCAGCUUAGUAUCACAACAACUGCACUCUUUACUGUUUUACCCUGCA